AUUUUUCACUUUAUAAAACGCCGUUGCUGACAUUAGUCUCUUCUUCCCCCACAAUCCUCCUCAACGCAAUCCUACUCUCCCCAUCUCCUCUGAAGUUGAUUUAUGCACAUAUCUUUCUGGUUUCCGUGGUGAAUGUUCCAACUGAAGAUUGAACCUUAUUACGCUUCUUAGGCUGAAAAAAAUACUUAACAUUUGCAAUCUCCUCAACUGGCGAGGGAGCUUAGCUUGCUUACUGCUUUAGGAUAUUCAACUAUCAAGGUUCCAUGACGGCUAGCUCCUUCUGCAAUGCUGACUCUGUGUUUUCGUGAUUGUAAUCAUGAUUUGAAGAGGUGGUAGUUAACGAUGAUGAUUUUGCUUUCCUUACUAGAGAAGAAGGUGUAGAUAUUAGAAAGAUGAUGGAACCGAAAAGGAGCUUCUGCUCUGUGGAUCAAAGCAAUUAUACCUCUAUUGCAUCCAAAAGACAAAAGGCUGAUUUAUCCAUUUCCACAAAGGAGAGAAAGGAGAAGAUUGGGGAACGAAUUGUUGCCUUGCAGCAGCUCGUUUCACCAUUUGGGAAGUCAGAUACAGCUUCUGUCCUUUUAGAGGCAACGCACUACAUAAGGUUCCUUCAUAAACAAGUUAAGGUGCUUAGUGCUCCUUAUCUGCAAUGCUCUCCUACAACCAAAACGCAGGAUAUAGGGAUUGGGGCGUACAGCCUGAGGAGUAGAGGAUUAUGUCUGGUACCAGUGUCGUAUACGAUUGGAGUUGCUCAGAGUAAUGGUGCGGAUAUAUGGGCCCCCACCAAAAGCACACCGUCACAAUUUGCCUAGCCUAUUCUAUCCCAAUCUCGCAGUUUCAAUUGUGACCCAAUUUGUUAGGCGAGACUGAGAAUUGAGAAGUUGCUCAGCCUCGAGGGUUAACUAUCCUUGUAUUAACCGGACAAGAAAUGUUGUUCUGCUGUGCCGUAAUGGCGAUUUGUAGCUCAAGCCUCGAAAGUAUCCGCGCAUCCUCCCCAACAUCCACAUGGUAGUCUAGCUGUCGCAUUGAAAACCUGCUCCAAAAUGCGACCCCUCGCCAUUAACAUUUUAAAGUGGCGAUGCCCAAGCUAUCAAGCAUGGCAUGCUAUGUGUAUUCCUAUACUGAUUAUAAGGUAACCUGUAUAUUUACGUGAGCUAGUUCUUAGAUUUCGGUGCUCCCAAUUGAAACGAAAUUUAUAAUGAUUUGGACCA